AUGAGCCCAACCGAUUUGAAGGGACAACUAGCUUCGGCUCCUAGCUCUCCCAGCUCGCUCUCUUCGAGCUCGGAUGACCUCGAUGAUUCCAUUCGACAAAGUGUCUCGGUAAAGCUUCGGGAAACCGACAAUGCUGGUCAAUACCUGCUCACCGCAGAGGACACUGAGGUUUUACAGGAGAUCCUCAAACAUAACCUCUCCUUGGCAAGAGCCGAAACAUCUCCGAAACCACGCUUCAGGUUCCGCGACUUGGAAUUUACAAGACAACUCAGUACCUUUGACCGUCAGAAUAUGACCUUCGGUUCAUCUGAGUUCCAUGGCUUCUUCGUGCUCUUCUGGAUGGGGGUGGCCUUGAUGCUGCUCAAGGUCAUGGCCAACAACUGGAGGAUCCAUGGCACCAUUUGGGGCAAGAACGAGAUCAUUCGCCUCAUGUUUGCUAAAGAUGUCUUGGUCCUCGGACUGACUGACUUGAUCUUAUGUUGGUCCACACUAUUUUGUCUGGUUGUUCAGCGCGCGGUAUGGAAAGGGUACCUGCGCUGGAGCGGUGCCGGUUGGCUGAUUCAAAAUAUUUGGCAAACGGCAUACCUGGCCGCCAUUACAUUGUGGACAUAUCAUCGUGAUUGGCCGUGGACACACACUGUCUUUACGGUGCUGCAUUGCUUGACCAUGCUGAUGAAACAGCAUAGUUAUGCUGCUUACAAUGGGUACUUGUCGGAGUUGUACCGGAAACGAGAGUUGCUGAAGACAAGACUCUCCCAGUUAGAGAAUUUAAGCCGGAACAACGACUUGGCAGGGCAAGGGCAUACCUCUGCGGUUGACACAGAUGUUGAUGCCGAAAUCACUGAUCUCAAAAGAAAUGAUUUCCGGCGGCGGUCUUCCAACCUCAAGAGUUAUUCCCGUGCCCGCGAGACAGAUCAACUCAUGUCCCUUGUUGAAACCACCGAACACGGGGUAUCUCUCCAGCCAGAUCAGGUGGAAUCUCUGAAAGAGCUGCUUGAGCGAGAAUACGAAAUCUUAUCCGAAGGGCUACAGGGCAGGUGCUCAUUGACAUCUAAUCACUAUCCGCGGAAUUUGACCUUGAAGAACUUCUGUGACUUUAUCACAUUGCCCACGUUGGUAUAUGAGCUAGAAUACCCACGCACAGACAAGAUUGACUGGAUUUAUGUGGCAGAGAAGACCGCGGCUACAUUUGGCAUCAUUGUGGUCAUGAUCGCUGUCUCUCAGUCGUGGAUAUAUCCGGUGGUGAUGUCCACUCUGCGAAUGAAAGAGGAAGGGUUGACUGCGCAACAGAGGCUUCAGGAAUUCCCCUGGGUUCUGAGCGACUUGCUCUUCCCUUUCAUGAUGGAGUAUCUGCUGGCAUUUUACGUGAUUUGGGAGUGUGUUCUUAACGCCUUAGCGGAAAUUACCAUGUUUGCGGAUCGCGGAUUCUAUGCAGAUUGGUGGAAUUCGGUCUCUUGGGAUCAGUUUGCACGAGAUUGGAACCGCCCUGUCCAUAACUUCUUGCUCCGGCAUGUGUAUCACAGCUCCAUCAGCGCUUAUCGUCUGUCGCGGGUUUCUGCGAGUCUGAUCACAUUCCUCCUGUCUGCAUUGGAGGCCUAUAUCUCACGCCCUGCAAAUCAGUCCACUGAGCGUGCCAUUCUGCUACUCACUGACGUGAUCGGCCAUCGCUUCAUCAAUGCCCAAUUGAUUGCGGAUCAGCUGGCAGCAAAUGGCUACUUUGUCGUCAUGCCGGACCUGUUCCACGGCGAUCCGGUGCUGCUGAAUCGCCCGGCUGGUUUUGAUCUUAUGGCUUGGCUGAAAGGCCCCCCCGGUCACCUACCUACUCGCGUGGAACCCGUUGUACAGGCAGUUCUGAAAGAAAUGAAGUCCAACUUGGGCUGCAAGCGAGUCGGUGCUAUCGGAUAUUGCUUCGGUGCCAAGUAUGCCGUCCGACUGCUCCAGCCGGGUCUUUGUGAUGUUGCCUACGUGGCUCACCCCAGUUUUGUCGAGGCAGAAGAGCUUCAGGCAAUCAAGGGCCCUCUCUCUAUUGCAGCUGCGGAGACGGAUUCAAUCUUCCCGACCUCAAAGCGCCAUGAAUCCGAGGAAAUCCUCGUCAAAACUGGCCAACCAUAUCAGAUUAACUUAUUCAGCGGUGUUGAACAUGGAUUCGCUGUCCGCGCAGACAUCACCAAGCCAACAAUUCGCUUUGCCAAAGAGGCUGCUUUUGCGCAAGCGACUGCUUGGUUCAACCAAUAUCUCUAG